CCCCCCCCACAAGGUACAUCCACCCACACACCCACACACACACACACACACACAUGCACCCCCUCAUAAAUUCAACUUCCGAUAACAUAGUCGACGUCACCUUUUAUAUUUUUUUUUUCCUAUCAUUACCACUCCACGCGUUAUUUUAUCCAUGGACAUUUCCUCUACUGUCAGUACAUUGGCCAUGGAAAAUAUAGAAGAAACCACACGACAAAGUUCCAAGUUAUCUCUAGGCUCUUCACCUUCCAUGUUGAGUGCAGACGAUCAACUGGACGGUGAUGGUCCUCUCACACCUACCGAUAAAAUACAUGACGAUGAUGAUGAUGACUUGUCAGCCUUGAACAGUAUAUUACAAGCAGGCUCAGCUGGUUCUUUAUCUGACGAAGAAGAAGAAGAAGAGGAUGAACAAGACUCUGCUUCUCCACUGUCUUCUGUGCCUGAUGACUUUCCUCUCUCUCGAUCUGCAUCUCCUGAAUUACCUUUAGUAGAGCCUUUAAAGAAACCAGAAGAGCAAGAAAAGAAGCCUAGUACACGAAAGCGUCGAAAAGACAGCUUGAAAAAGACCAAGCACGAAAGCAGUGAUGUCGAAUCCAAAAAACCUGAUGAAAAAGAAGAAGAAGCAGGCGAACUUCAGACAAAAAGACGACGCGUAUCUCGAUCCUCUGUGUCAGAAGAUCGUAGAAGACAGAGUAAAGAUGAAGAUACUAAACAAGAAGAGACCAUCAUAGCAACAACAAGUACAACACUAACAGAAACGGUAGAAGAACAAGGGAAACCAGUAACACAACAACAAGAACAACAAGAACAAGAACAAGAACCACAUGAAGAAUACAGUCUUGUUCAUUCGCCUAAAGUUAUUCAGGCAGAACAAGAAGAACAACCCAAUCAUCAUGAAGCACAAGAUGAUCAUGAUUAUCAACAACGACAUAAAGAAGCCUUAGAUGCAUUGACGCAUAUUGAAGUUGAAUUUGCUAGAUUAAGAGACAAAAUGUACCAAGAGAAAAUGUCAGAAUUAAAUGAAGAAGCCAUGAUGAUUGCUAAUGGAACACACCCUGAAUUAGUGACAUUGAUGGCUGAGAUUGAAGAAAAGAAAGGAAGGCGAAUUCAUAGUGCAGAAGCGUGGCGUAGACAUCAACAUGCUAAUUUUAAACAACAAUUUGAAGGGUUUGAAUAUCAAGCUAAUAUUCAUUUUAUUUCACAGAGAAAUGCACUUCGACGUCAAUUACUAGAACAUAUCAAUGGUAAACGAUGGAGUAUGGAAGAUGAGCGUACUCGACUGAAUGAUCAAUCCAAAAGUAAGUGACCAAUUAAACCAUGCUUAUAUUGAACACACCAGAUAAACUAUGCCCUGAUGGCCGUGAUAUGAUGGCUCAUAAAAGAGAACAAAAAGAAGAAACAGGUGAAUUACAAGACAUAAAAGAAGCCAUUGGAUUUCCUAUGGCACCUAAUCCAACUGGCUUAAAUUCACAUGAUAUAGAUCAAGAUUUAAAGCUAUUGGGUAUUCAUCGGCACAUUUAAUGAUCUUUUUUUUUUUUUUUGAUUUAUACCCUUUUGUAACAUAUUAUGCAAAAUACUAAAAGAGAGAGACACACACGUGCAUGGAUAUAUAAAAGCAUGUCAACCU